UGUAAAAUGGAUUUACUUUUCCUAAGCAAGCGAAUUUUCCUGGGCACCGAACGGGAAUUCCUCAAUGGUGGCAUUAUUGUCGACACAGAGGGCAUCAUACGCAAGAUUUUGCGCACUGCGCAAGAGGUGAAUACCUAUGUAUACAACACGGAAUCGGAAGCGGUCUAUGAUUUUGGCGACAAAGUGCUUAUGCCGGGUCUGAUAGACGCCAAUGUGAAUAUCAGCGAGCCGGGGCGUAAGGAUUGGGAGGGAUUUAUGGCGGCAACAAAAGCAGCAGCUGCCGGCGGUUUCACCACGAUCAUCGAUAGACCUACUAACACCAUACCGCCCACCACCAGCGUGGCGGCGCUAAAAACGAAAACUGGUGUGGCGCGUGGAAAGCUUUACGUGGAUGUCGGAUUUUGGGGUGGCCUAGUGCCUGAGAAUGUCAAAGAAGCUGAUCCGUUGCUGGGCGCUGGCGUUAUCGGACUGCAGUGCACACUUUCGCCCACACCGGCACCAGUUGGAGAUGCUUUUCCCGCCAUAAAUCGUAAGGAUCUUGAAGAUGUGAUCGAUAAGCUGGAAGAUGGCACAGUUAUAGCUUUUAAUGCCGAGUUGCCUCUAAAGAAUGCCAUAGAGCCCAAUGAGGAAGAACCCAAGAAAUAUGAGUCCUUCUUGCGCACACGUCCCGAGGAAAUGGAAGUAAAUGCCGUGCAACUGAUCAGUCAAUUGGCCACGGCAAAUAAGGGCAAACAUAUGCAUAUCAUGAACAUAAGCUCCGCCGAAGUGUUGCCCAUUGUGGCGCAAUGCAAACGCGCCGGCGCAAAUCUGACUGCUGAAACUUGUCCCCAUUACCUUGCAUUGUCUGCAGAGCAAAUCGAAGAUUGUCAUACCGAGUUCAAAGCCCAGCCUCCGAUACGCGUCAAGUCAAAUCAGCCCCGGUUAUGGGACGCUCUGAAAGCUGGUUGCUUGGAUAUUAUUGCCUCAAAUCAUUCGCCAGCGACGCCGGGAGUGAAGUGUUUGAAUUACGGACGUGCGCGUGGAAACUUUUUGAAUGCUUGGCCUGGCGUCUCGUCGUUGCAGCUGGGUAAGUUUCACGGUCUUAUUAGGAUUCUCAUAGUCUACUCACUUUUGCGUUGAAAAAUUGAAUUUUAGACCCUUAUACCUUAUGUAUCGCACAAGAACUAACAGCGCUGUAAGCACCAUUAUAAUACGGUUUCUCUGCGACCUAUGAUAGUAUCGAUUUUCGCGAUUUUUUAGUUUCAUCAAACCACCUUGACUUUUCGCUGAAUCUACUUAUGUUAGUAAUGUAGUUUUUAGAAAUUUC